AUUGACUUUGAUGAUUCGUGGUUGACUACUUGAUCUCCCUCGUUGAAGCCACGGUUAGUAGCAAACAAAUUUGCUGAAACCUGGAAGGCCGUUUUUGCCUUUACGAAGAUAGUGCUCGACUCCUAAAUUGUCAUGGUGGAAAUAUCGCGAUGAUUAAGCGAAUUUCAUUCUGAUUAAUUUUUUUUUUGUACAUAAAAUUGCUUUCGGGUUUUGGUUUUCUAGACAAUCAUGCGAGUGCAAUCAAUUAUGGGUGGAAUGAUAAAGAUAUUUUCUUCCCAUAAAUUCUUUCUUGAAUAUUGCCUUAAAUCAGCACAAGCUCCAAGGUACCCUUUUGUUAAGCAAUUCUCCCCCAUUUUACAUCCGAUCAAAUUGUAAGUGCAGUUCGAGUAAAGUAAAUGGUGAUUAUAAUAAUAAUAAUAAAAAAGAAGGUAAAUGGUGAUUCUCUUUUAGGUUUCGUUGAAUCAAACGAUCAAGCACUUGGAGAAUAGGUGAAUGAGUUAAUUGUGGUGAGCAUUGAGGACAUCCUUUACUCGAUUUCUAAUGCUGAGUUUUGGGUAGCUUGGGCCGAGGCAUGAAGGGUAUCUUCUUUCCCUAGCAAAAAGACGUGCUUCUCUGUGGCAGUUUCUCCGAAGAAUCUUCUUAACCGUACAAGAAAAAAGCAAAAAGGAUAAUACCAAAGAAGGAACAGAACUUUGUUGGAGCACAAAAUGGAGUCUUCUGAACGGAAAUUGAAGCUGAUGAUCCGGUGGGUGUGGUCGAAUUGGCAGAACAGGAGGAGAAUUUGAUCUUGAAUUUAGAGGAAAACAGGAACGCACCAUAUUUUUUUUUUCUAAGGGAUAAAAUAAUCCUUUUCAUAUUAAAAUUAAUUGACAGUCAAAUCCUGAUCAUAAAAUAAUUAUCAGAUUUCUAUUUAUUAUUUGUCUAUUUUUAGAGUUUUUACCCCCUCAUUCUCCCCUUUUUUUCUUUAUCCCAAGCCAGGUUUAAAAAAAAAAAAUUAAAUGGAUGUCUGAAACUGAAACCAGAUCGAUCGCUAGCCAAUCCAUCUCUGCCUCUGUGCCUCUGGCUGGCCCACCCCCUUUCGUUCGCUGUCGCCGGGCUCGCUGCUCUGUCUCAGUGUCUCUCGCUUGCUGCUCGUCGUCGCCCUCUCCCAAAUCGAUUCCUGCUUCAGUGCCUCUUCCUUUCGGUGUUGCUGCUCUGUCUCGUUUUCCUGCUCGUCUCUGUUUUGUUGUUGCUUAUCUUUCUCUGCUUCGCAUUUCUCCCUUCCUUGCUGUUGUGCACUUGUUCUCGCUGCUAUUGCCGUCGCUGGAGCUGUUGUUCACUUCAGUGCUGCUCGUCCCUCGUUUCGCUUGCAGAUCAAAGUCUUAGCCUAAUAAACGACAUUGUUUUGUCCUGCCUUUCAUAGUCGAUGACUCGAUGCCAGUUGCCAACGAAUGAUCCUCCAUUCUUGCUUCACUCUGCUCUCCCUCAAGUUUUCAUACAAACCGCUUAUUUCUUCCGUCCGUUACCUCCCACGGAUUCUACUCAACUUUCAAUCCGCUGCCAUUACUUUUCCUUCAUCUUCUUUAAGCAACCAAAAUUGGACGACCCAGGUAGAUUUUUCUUCAAUCGAUUUUCGUGGUUUCUCUCGGUCUGUGUUAUCCAAAUCUUCCUUUUCCGAUGAUAAAGCCAGGGACUAUACUACUGCUUCUCUUAAAGAUCUACUUUUGGAGAUUUCUGAUGUAAUCCCAGAAAUCACUCGUCGAUUGUGGAGGUUGUCUGUGUUGCAACCCGAAAAUUUACUGGAAAUAUUACUAGGUCUUCAAUCGGAGUCUCUCAAAGAUGGAUUUCAGGUGGACAAGGUCAGAUGUCUGUGGGAAAUUUUCAGACGGGCUGACGAGCAGAAUAGGGUGUCCAAGCAUCUUUCUAUGUCGCAUGAAGUCAUGGCUUCCAUGCUUAUUCAAGUCAGGUUACUUCAAGAAGCUGAGAACUUGCUCUCUACAUUGGAGGGUUGUGGAGUUUCAUUGGAUUUUCAUGAGUUUUACAGUAAUUUGGUUGAAGGUUAUGUUGGCAUGAACGAGUUAGAGAGAGCCGUCUCAAUAUACGACUGUAUGAGGAAACGGAGUAUAAUUCUUUCUAGGUCCUGCUAUUGUGCUUUCUUAGAUGCUUUGGUGCAAAUGAAGAGAAUAAAACUUGCAUCUCGAAUUUCACUGGAUUUGGUGGAUUUGGGUCCCUCAUGGAGUGUUGAUGAGAUAAAUACGCUGGAGGAUGUCAUAAGACUACUUUGCAGAAAUGGUAAUAUUCUCCAAGCUAGAACUUUGGUCAAGAAGGUCUUACCUUACAAUUUUGAGAUUAGUGGCUUAAUUCUUGAUGAAAUUACUAUGGGCUAUUGUGAGAAGAAGGACUUUGAAGAUCUUCUUAGAUUCUUCGUUGAAGUAAAACGAACCCCGACCUUAAUGGCUGCCAAUAGAGUUAUAAAUUCUGUAUGCAUCUGCUAUGGUGCAGAAAGGGCCGGAAUGUUUAUGCGUGAACUACAAAAUAUAGGCUUUUGUCCUGAUGAAUUAACCUAUGGGAUUUUAAUUGGUUGGAACUGUCGUGAAGGGAAUUUGAAGAAUGCACUGGGUUAUUUGUCAAUUAUGCUGUCAAAAAGCAUUUCACCUCGAAUAUAUACUUACAAUGCUCUUAUAAGUGGGUUGUUUAAGGUUGGAAUGUUGAAGCAUGCUCGUGACAUCCUUGAUGAGAUGAUGGAUCGAGGAACAAUACCUGAUAUGUCAACUUUUAGAGUUUUCCUAGCAGGAUAUUGUAUGGCUAGAAAAUUUGAUGAAAUAAGAAGUUUGAUUUUAGAGAUGAAGAGGCGUGGCUUAAUCGAACUUUCUUUGUCUGACGAUCCACUUUCCAAGGCAUUUCUGAUUUUGGGGAUGGAUCCAUCGACUGUGAGGUUGAAACGAGACAAUGAUGUAAAACUUUCAAAAACAGAGUUUUUCGAUGAUAUUGGAAAUGGACUUUAUUUAGAUACUGACCUGGAUUGGUAUGAGAACCACGUUAAUGGGGUUCUUGAAGAUUCCACUGUACCUAAUUUCAAUUCAUGUAUCAGGAAUGAAUGCAUCAACAACAACCUAAAAGGUGCCCUUAUUUUGGUAGAAGAAAUGCUAAGGUGGGGGCAGGAAUUGCUGUUGUCUGACUUUUCAGAGCUAGUGAGACAACUUUGCUCAUGUAGGUCACAAAUCAAGUCGAUGACGAACCUUUUGGAGAAAAUGCCACAGUUGGCAUGUAAAUUAGACCUGGAAACGCUCAAUUUGGUUGUUCAGGUGUACAGCAAGAAGGGGUUUCUGAGCAAAGCAAAGUUUAUACUGGAAGAAAUGCUUCAAAGUCAACUUUGUGUCAAGAAUGAGACAUAUACUGCCCUACUAAUGAGUUUAUGUAAGAAAGGAAACAUGAGGGACUUUAAUAAUUACUGGGAUCUUGCUCAAAAAGAUAGCUGGUCACCAGCAUUGGAAGUUUUUAGAGAUCUUCUUACUUAUGUCUGUGAUCAAAAAAUGAUUGGGAAAGCAUUGCAGCUUGUUGAAAUCAUGCUGCUCUCUUACCCUUCCCGAAGGUUAGACAUUUGUCACACAUUCCUUGAAGUAGUUUGUAUUACUGGUUUUUCUGGUGUUGCCCUCGUGUUCUUAGAACAGCUACAACCUUGGUUUGUCUUGGAUCGUGCUGGUUAUAAUCAUCUUAUAAGGGGUUUGUUUAGGGAGGGGAAGUUUGAUGUAGCCUUUGCUGUAUUAAAUGGUAUGAUGGAUAAAAAUUUGGCACCCUGUCUGUAUGUUUCUGUCUUGUUAAUUAAUCAGCUUUGUAAGGCUGAUUUGUUUGACAAAGCCAUUGCAUUGAAGGAUAUUAUUUUGAAAGAGCACUCUGCAUUUUCUACUUCUGCUCAGUGUGCAUUGAUCCAUGGGUUUUAUAAUUCUGGGAACACUGAGAAAGCAGACACUUUAUUUCAGGAUAUUUUGUCAAAGGGACUAAUUUUGAAUUCUGAAGUGUGCAAUAUAAUUAUUCAAGGGAACUGGAAAACUUAUGAUUUGAGGAAAGUCGGGGAACUACUUGGAUUUGCUAUUAGAAAAAACUUGGUAACCCUCUCAAGUUAUCGGAGUUUGGUGCGAAUAAUGUGUCUGACAGGUAGAGUCCAAGAUGCUUUAAGCUUGAAAAACCUUAUGCUUGAACAAGGUAUAUUUGAUAGCCAUGUAGUAUAUAACAUACUUAUAUUUUAUCUCCUGUCAUCUCGAAACAAUUCUCUUGUUAAUAUGCUACUAGAUGAAAUGGAUGGGAGCAAACUCAAUCCCAAUGAAGUCACUUAUAAUUUUCUUGUCUACGGAUUCUUGCAAUGUAAGGAUGUUCACAGAUCGGCGCAUUUUUUAACUACUAUGAUUGGGAAGGAACUCAAACCUGCCAGCCGCAGCUUGAGGGUGGUUAUAAGUAGCCUGUGUAAUGUUGGGGAACUGCGAAAAGCCCUGGAAUUUAGUAAAGAAAUGGAAUUAAGGGGAUGGAGUCAUGGUUCAGCCAUUCAAAAUGCAAUAACUGAAGGCCUUCUUUCUCAUGGUAAGAUACAUGAAGCAGAAAAUUUUGUGGACAGGAUGCAGGAGAGAUUUUUAACCCCAGAUAAUAUCAAUUACGAUAAUCUGGUUAAGCGUUUUUGCCAGUAUGGAAGACUGGACAAGGCGGUUUCUCUUAUGAACAUCAUGCUGAAGAAACAUAACGUUCCAAUCUCCACCAGUUAUGAUGCUGUAAUUUAUGGAUUCUGUGCACAAAAUAAAUUGGACAGAGCUUUGGAUUUUUAUUCUGAGAUGACUAUCCAUGAUCUCAAACCAAAACUCGAAACGCAGGAAAUGCUUGUCCAUUGCUUCUGCCAAUAUGGAAGAACAAAAGAAGCAGAACAGUUCCUAAUGGACAUGAUUCAGGAUGGUGAAACUCCAACGAGAGAUAUGUUUUGCUCUGUAAUCAACACUCUCCGCAUGGAAAAGAAUCUUAACCAGGCAUCGGAGAUGAUGCAGGCAAUGCAGCAAGUCGGCUAUGAGCCUGACUUUGAGACACAUUGGUCUCUGAUAAGCAACUUAAGUGAUGAACAAAGAAAGUACACUGAUAAUAGAAGCAAGAGGUUUUUGUCGAGGCUUCUUUCUGAAAGUGGCUUUGCUCUGAAGAAACGAUUCAAGUCCUAGGCUGGCUGUAUUAAUCUCAGUUUGACUGUAUUUAUCGUUAUCUUUUAGCAGCGCUGUGUUGUGAAUGCAGGAGUAGUUCUGCUCAAUCCUUCUACAUGUUUAGUCUUCGCUACAUAUAUAGGUUGUUAUGAACUAGUUUUGAGCAAAUAUUUUUGUCAGCUUAAUUCAGAGUUUACCUUGGGAUAGGAUUCGAAUUUUAUUUUGUUUUCAUUUUUCUGCUUAAAGAAUUUGAAUGCUAAGACUAAUAGAAGGCCCACAAUCAUGGAGUGAAAAAUUACCCUCAAUAUCGCCAAGCAAUUGGCGUAAUUGGUUUCUAUCUAAUUGAUUUGCUCCUGCAA